CUAAUAUAUAUAUUUGUAUUUCUACGAUAAGUGCUUUUCUUGUCUUCUUUUCUUCUAGGAUUUAAGCUAAUGAUAUUAAUUUUUGUAAAAAUAAUAAUAAUUAAAGCAUGGAAUUUAUGGUUAAAUACAAAAUAAAAUAAAUCAAGUAAGGAAAAUCAUUAUCAUGAUAAAAUGGUUUGUUCCUAAUUAUAUAUAUUGAGAUAAUGAUGACGAUAUGUGAUUUAUAAUUACAUAUGUAUGUGAAUAUAGUUGAUAAAAUUAUUAUUAGUAAUAAAUUGGUAAAAUAAACUGAGUAAAAUGUGAAUCCUAAUUUAACAUAUGAUAGUAGUUUAUAAACCAUGUUUGGCUUAACAUUUUAUGUCUUGAGGUUACAUUUAUGUAAUUGGUCUAAAUCCCAAACAUAGUAUAUUUAAGUUAUGACAACCAACUCAUUACGAAGUUAUUGGUAAAAAACUAACGAUAAUCUCUGUUAGGAAUGUCAUAACUAACUAGAACCAAAAACACAACUAUAUUUUUAGAAGUUCAACAAAUUUAAAGAACAUACAUAUACAAGCAUGUUUUCAAAUUUGUAGAAGGCAACAUAUCUGGAGAAGAAAAAUAAACAAAUCAACUAAGACAAUGAAGCUUCAGUUGUUAUGGCUUGCUUUGGUAUUCAUUGCCGUUGAAACUAAUGCAGCGAAGCAAGGAAAGAAUGCAACAAUCCCUGCACUAAUAGUUUUUGGAGAUUCAAUUAUGGAUACUGGUAAUAACAAUAGACUCCCAACUCUUUUGAAGUGCAAUUUUCCUCCCUAUGGCAAGGAUUUUCCCGGCGGUUUGGCCACAGGAAGAUUUUCUGAUGGAAGAGUUCCCUCUGAUCUCAUUGCUGAAAAGUUGGGAAUAGCCAAGUCACUACCAGCAUUUAUGAACCCGAAUUUGAAGCCCCAAGAUCUUCUCAAGGGUGUAACAUUUGCAUCUGGAGGAACUGGUUACGAUCCAUUAACGGCUAAGAUUAUGUCCGUGAUAUCAGUCUGGGAUCAACUAACAUAUUUCAAGCGAUACAUAUCAACGAUCAAACAACAUUUUGGAGAGAAAAAAGCUCAAGAUAUCUUGGACCAUAGUUUUUUUGUUGUGUGUUCCAGUAGCAACGACCUUGCUCACACUUUCAUGGCUCAAUCUCAUAAAUAUGACCGCACCUCAUAUCCCAAUUUCUUGGCUGACUCAGCAGUCAAAUUCGUAAGAGAAUUACAUAAGCUUGGAGCUAAGAAAAUCGGAGUGUUUAGCGCAGUGCCGGUUGGAUGUGUACCACUUCAAAGAACAGUGUUUGGAGGAAUGUUUACAAGAGGAUGUGUUAAACCGUUAAACGACAUGGCAAAACAAUUCAACGCAAGGCUUUCACCAGCUCUAGAAUCUUUAGAUAAAGAGCUGGACGGUGUAAUCCUCUACAUUGAUGUUUAUGAUACUCUUUACGACAUGAUCCAACAUCCUUCAAAAUACGGUUUUGAGGUAGCUGAUAGAGGAUGUUGCGGUAGGGGCUCUCUCGCGAUAUCCUACAUGUGCAACUCAUUGAAUCCAUUCACAUGUUCUAAUUCCUCGGCCUAUAUAUUUUGGGAUAGCUACCACCCAACGGAGAGAGCAUAUCAAGUUAUUGUUGACAACUUGCUUGACAAAUAUUUAAGCAAAAUCUAUUGAUGUUUAAUCAUCUAACUAAAACUUAUUGAUCUCUUGGUGCGAUUGUGUUUCCCCAUCUCAUUUUGGUCUCUCUGGUGUAUUCAUUCUUCAAUUUUAUGAAUGUCAUAUAAAGUGCACUACAACAAACUAAUACAACGGAAAAUCAGUUUAUUACAUUCUCUUUUAUUUUUAUUCCCAAACAUGGCAUAUAAAAUAAUUAUAUUGGGGCUGGACAAAAUAUCCGGACUCGAAUAAUCGGCCCAAAACCGACCCAAAAAUCAGGGUAUCGAACCCGAUCAGACCUGGGGUAAAUAACCGAAAGGGUCCUAAAUUGCUAUAUCCGAAGAACCAGUACCAAACCCGAUCCGAACGGAGAACCGAAUGAGUGUCCGAAGAUAUCCAGAAGUUAAAUGUAUAUCUAAAAUAUUAGUUAUAAUUAUACUUAUAAUUAUUUUAAUAAUUUAAAUUAAAAUCAUAAAUUAAAUAUAUUAGUUACUUUUCAAUACUUUGUGUAUUUUCAGAUAAAAUAAGAUAGUUUUGAUAGAAAUACUCAAACAAAACCAUAUCUAAUGAGUAUUUUUUUUAAUUAUUUUUGGUACAUUUGGAUAGUUUGAAUACAAAAUAUACUAACUGAAUCGGGUAAUAUGGUUACUUUAGAUAAAAAAAUAUCCGAACCUGUUUCAUAUACUUUGGUUAUUGGUUAUUUUCAGGUUUCUACACAUCGGAAUCAAACCCAUCCGGAUCAAGGAGGACCUGAUU